AAUCAAAGUCUCCAUAUAUUUUCCGUACAUAGUAAGUGAAAAGUUUAAAUAAUGGGAGUAUCAAGUAGCAGUAGUGGUCCGCCGACUUUAAUCUCUACGAGCAAGCAUGAAGUAGAAACUCUGUAUCCGGAAGAUGCUUGUUCCACGAACGACGAAAGACAAAGAACGUACGUCGGAACAAGCAUCUACAAAGACGAGGAUCAGCCACGGUCACAAGGUCUAAACCCCUACGCGACCUUGAGUACUAGCGAAUUCUGGGGUCAGAGGCCAACGGCACCCAGCCUAUCGAAUGUACUGCCUUCUAAACGCGGAACUCUGUUAACGUGUGCUACGCAAAUGACAGGUUGGCAGUCCGCCGAUGGUCACGAUCAUCCAAUGUGUCAACAGAAUAAUGAAAUCGUCGAGCUUUCGCGAAUUAUUUCGCAGCUGGCCAUGGCCAAUCAUCAAUUAGCAAGUACGCAUAAUGCAACGCUAGCGCGCAUGGAAAUGUUAUAUUUAGAAUUGUCGAAGGAUACAGAGAACCGGAAGCAAAAGAUUUCAACAGAAAAUCUGGAAUUAUGCGGGGACAUUCCUCGGAAAAGAUUGUACGAUAAAAGCAUUGAAAAUGAAGAAAUGCUAAGAUUGGAGCAGCGUGUUCUUAAACUAGAAGAAUUGCUGGCGACGAGUUUUUUUGAACAGUGUAAACGCUUGCAAGAGGAUAGUAAACUGCGCUCUAGAACGGAUGGAUCGGAGAAUUCGCUGAAAACUCAAGAUAUAAAGAACGAGAAUUCUUGUUCGAGUUCCACAGAACCGCUUUGUGAAUUCUCCGAGCAACAAACAAGUUACACUGUGACGGAAGCCAUUGGUAAAGUACCCGAUGACGGUUUUGGUGAUCAUCGAGGCACUGCCAGCAAGGAAACGGAUUUUCAUACUUACUGUAGUGCUCAUUCCGAUGAUUUCGAGACGAAUAUUCCUACGUUAAACGAAAACUUGUGUUCUAUGAACGUAGAUUUAGAUAAAAUGCGCAGAAGACGCGCAAGGUUGAGAAAUGACGAAGAUCCGACAAGAAAUUCAGCAAGUGAAGAAAUAUUUACAAAAGACAAAGAAAUAUUCAGAUUAUCCGAAGAAGUUGAAAAAUUAAAAACGGAUCGAUUGAAAUUUCAAAGUGCGAACGAAAGACUACUGUGCAGCUUGACGGAUCAGAAAAAUUUGGUAGAAAAAUUAAGCAUAGAUUACGAGAAAUUAGAAACGCGAUACGUAACAAUGGAAACCAAUUUGCAUGAAAGCAGACAACAAUACGACGAACUGACGAAACAUUUAGACUGCGCUAAGAAAGAAAUCGAGAAAUUACUGAGAGAGAUCGAUAUCCUUCAAUCGGAAAAAGACACUGCCGAUGCGAGAAUUUCAAUUUUGGAACAGAACCUGCACAAAUCAUUGCUCGAUACUGAACGGAUUAAGAAUGUGGAAAGCCAAAAGAUAUCAGAAUUGAGAACACAACUGUCCGAUGAACUUUCUGAUAAAAGGAAACAAAUUAAGGCUCUUGAAGACGCUUUGCAGGAGAUUCAAAGACUGAAAGAGAUUAUGAAGACUGAAAGAAGAAAUGAAGAUGAUGUUGUUUCAAGAGAAGAUAUUGAUAUUGUCGAAUCAAUAGAUGACAUAUCGAACCCAAAUCCUGCCAGUUCCAGUAUGGACGAGUUUAGAAAAGAAUUAACUUUGAAAAGAGAAGCUAGACAUAGGGCUAUCGCGGCGGUCUCAUCUGAGAUGGAAAGACUUCGAGGAGAAUUGGAUGCUGAGAAGAAGUCUCAUUCCGAAACGUCGAACAUGUUGACUCAGUUACGUUCGGUCUGUAGUAAUCGAAAUCCGCAAUAUCUCGAUUCCGCGAAUAGCGAUUUUGUGAAGACUAUGAUGAAAGAAGAAGAACGCAAGCACACGGAUGAAAGCGAGAAAGCAUUAAAACGCGCGGAAGCGCAACGAUUGACGCGUAUCCUAAAAGUAUCUGAUGAAUUAAGGAGAGACGUGCGAUAUCAAAUUGAGAAGACGGAUGAUCUUCGUUAUCACCUGGAGAACGAUCCAGAGCGUCACCGACAACGUAUUCGUUGUUUGAUGGAAGUGACCAACAAGACACGCACGUCUCUCAUUGCGCGAGAUCGUCAAACCAAUGAGUUGAAGAACUAUCUAGCACAACUGCUGGUUAGAUUGGGCGAUAGAAGUUUCCUGGAAAUUCAAGAUGACGCGGGAAUUGAAUGCGAUCGACAAUUGGAGAAUAUAAACGCGUUGAAAAGUCUUUACAACGAGAGAUUGAGGGUUUUGACCGAGUUGAAAGAUUCCGCGACUAGGGAGCUGACGGAUGUGAAACAAAAAAUGGAAUAUGUUCUUAAAAAAUCGGAGAAUUUAGAAGAGGAGCUUAAGAGAGCCGAAGACAAGGUCGACACUCAAGACUCGGAAAUCACGAACUUAGAAUCGCAAUUGGGAUUAACCAAGGCAGAUUGCAGAGAUCUUCAAAAUCAGAUGUCUCUCAUUAAUGGAUUAUUCACGCAGAUGUUGCUCGGAGCUUCUUCUGCGGACAUGGAUCUUGAUCGAUUAACUCAGUUGCUACAGGAGAAUCACGAUCUUAUAAGUGAGAUAGCCAGGGAAGAAAGUACCGAAGCAGCAGCUCUUCCUAAACUUCUUUUAGAUUUGAUUGAGCAAGUCGAAGGCGGUAAAGCGUCCCAGAAACAUGCAAGUGAAGACAAUAGUAUAGAAAAUGUUGACGAAGUUGAUAGAAAGGAAGAUGAUCUUCAAGAAGAAGAUAUCGCUCAUAAUUUACCGAAGGUGUGGCGCGUUUUAUUGGAACUACUUAGUUGUCACGCGGUGACCUCUCCGAGCGUUUCCGUUGCAUCCUGUUCUGACCCGAACAGCUGCUACAAGUCUGUUGACACUCCGGCCGGCCCAAGAUUGGUAAUAUCCGUGAGCAAAACGUAUAUUCGUUUGAAGGAAUUAAUCCUGGAGAAAAAACAUUUGGAGAAAGAGAUGAACCGCAUGAAGCAGCUGAACACUCAUUUGGAAAGUAAACUGGGCGAACAGGAGAAGAGACUUUCCACGGUAUCGGUCGAAUUGACAAAAACAUGGAAUAUUGUUGGCCGGAUGCAGAUGCAACAUCAGCAGUUGCACACGCAUGAAGAGAUAUUAAGAUACGAGUUGCAGGAGAAGAGAAAAAUGUUGCAAGAAUUAAAACAGGAAUUAGAAUACUGCAGAGAGAAAUGGGAAUCGGCAAGACAAAAAAACACAAAUACUGAACGGGAAUGGAGAAAUUUACGUCGCGAAUUCGCUGCACGAAAAGCUUUAGCUGUUCAUGACUCUUUCAAUAGCGCUGAAAGCGGUUUCAGUGAUGAAAGAGGUGAUGAUACUGACGAAGAAGAAGAAGUAAUUGAGGGACGAAUUAGACACGGCCCGCGCAGACGGACACGAAAGGAGAAUUCUAGAGCGCCUACAUCGGACACAGAAUCCGAACAACCGACAGAUACUGAAUUAUCAGAGUCGAAGACUGGUUCCUCGGCGACUUUGGAACAACGCACACCGACUCCAGAAACCGAAGCGGAAUUAGACGAAGCAGAAAUCGUGCAUCCGGAACUUAUUAACAUGACGGAAGCUGAUAGCAUUAUGGAAAGUACGCAAGAGAUUCUGGAUCCUUUGGAUCAAGCACUCACCAACGUUAUACAAAAUCUUAUAAAAAUUGAUGGAGAAUCAAGUGAGAAUGUCUUGGCUUCGGGAGAGAAUAUGACAACGUCUUUCGAAGAUCCAUGCGACAAUUCAGUCCUUGAAACCAGCGAUGUCACAAAAACUGAUCAAACGACAACUUCUAGGACAGAUUUAAAUGACAAUAACUGGCAAUCUCCGACUAUCGAAUCUCAAUAUUCGUCACCCGAUGUGAAAAUAUUAAAACAAACAACUACAAUUAUUGACCUGCCUUCAACAGUGUCUAAUAGUGAAUCAUAUGAUUCGUCGACCAGAAAUUUGUCAAAACAACGUGAUGAAGACGAUGACGGUGAGGCAAUAAAAUCCGAAAGUAUUCCGUCAUCGCCCGUUUCUCAAACACUCAGUACUACUGUUACAAAUACAACCAACACGAUGUCUGUCUUUUCCAUUGGACCUUUUCCUAUAUCUAAUGUAUCGUCCUCGUCAAUAAAAAGCGUGCAGUUUAGCGAUCCCUUAAUCAUGGGCCCGUCUAAUCGUUUUCUUGCUCCAGUCUUUGGUAUGACCGCGACAGAAAUGGAAAAUUUUACGGAUAAUUCUAUCUCCUCGUCAAACGUUUGGUCUUCCUCGUCAGUAGUAUCAAGUCAAGAAGAGGAGUCGAUAGAAGGUACGGCGCAACGAUCUUCCAAACUAAUAGACAACAUCGUAGAUUCUGAUAGCAUCUCCGUGGAUUCAUCUUCGAGUUUGGAUACGGUCCGAGAAUCUCCUACGGCCAACAUUAGUUCUAUGCCUUCGUCUACAUCGGUGUUUAAAGACGAGCUACAGGAAAGCGAAGUAAGCGCGCAAACAGAAAAAGAAGUUUCUAAGCCUCGAACUCCAGAAGAAAUUUUAUCGACACGGGCCGAUCGAUUGAAACGUUUGGAGGAACAGGCUGAUUGGCUUAUGAAAAAAAUGAACGCUACGAGUAAACGUGGUACUGCUCUCUGCACAAGAUUAGAGGAACUUCAUAAUACUUAUGGUGAACCGCCGGUUCCUCCACCUAUGCCAGACGUUUUACCUAGCUGUAGGUUACCAUGCACCUUGUCCGAUCUACCUCAUCAGGUACCUGAAUCGUCAUCCGCUGCUAACAAUAUGAAAAAUAUCGAAGAUGAAAGCUCGAGCAAUGAUGCUUUAACGUCAAAUAAAAAUGUGCCAUAAAACAUUUAUAACCUUUUACUUGCAAAAAAAUUAGUUAAUAUUUCUUUUUUUUGAGCAAAUAAAACUGCAAUCCCCUCUCUGUAUACAAAAGUGCAUCGCUAAGCAAUGUAUUUUUUAUAUCGUGACGUAU